AUGGCAGAUCCACUCGGGAUCGUCGGCGUCAUCGGCGUCGCGGCCCAGAUCAUUCAGCUGGGCGUGCAAUUCGGAUUGGACUGGAACGAUGCCCCUGCCGAUACCAAAAGCUUUAUCGCUGAGCUUGAAGUUUUGAUUAUGGUCUUAUCCGAAACUAAGAAGAACACCGUCGAAAACCAACAGUUCAUGGAAGCCUUCAAGGACCGUCACUCUACUUUGCUCUCGCGCACGGGAGAGGCAUCACCCGCAGCGGAAACCCCCGCCCUCAUCUCCGCCUGCCGAUCCGAACUGGAAACCCUGCUUGAAGAUCUCAAAAAGCGAUGUCAAACUCAUCGAGUGAGCUGGGAACGACUCAAGAGCGCAUUCCUCGCCAAGCGAACGCGGGAGACGGUUGAGAACCUGCAUCGGAAGUGCCAGGCGUUGAACAGCAUGGCACUAAUCGAUGCGGUGGCUCUCGGAGCAAGUACAUAUAACACGGUCAACCAAAUCCACGCACGGCAGCAAAUGUCAGACCAAGCCGAGAAUGACCGGUUUAGAAUACAGAGGAAAACGGCGUUGCUCCGUAAGCUCUACACGUCUCCCUACAAGGAUCGUAAGGACAGGAACCCGAUGAGAGUGAGAGGAACAUGUGAAUGGUUCACACACCAUCCACUGUUUCAGAUUUGGAAGGAGAGCAAGUCCUCCUGCGUGCUUUUGGUAUCUGCAGACCCAGGAUGCGGAAAAUCAGUGUUGGCGAAAUACUUGGUGGAUGAGGUGAUCCCGAGCACUCGAGCGAGGACCAGUUGUUACUUUUUCUUCAAAGAUGACUUCGGUGACCAGAGAACUUUGGAAAGCUGUCUGUGCUGUAUCUUACGUCAAAUAUUCAUCCAAAGACCUGAUCUAGUGUCUGAAGAGGUUCUCAGCAAGUUCGAAGAGGACGGCGAACAGCUCAUCGGCUCCUCUGGUAGCCUCUGGGAUCUGCUCAUUGAUAUCACGGGGAGUCAGGACGUUGAUACUAUUCCUGAUUCGACGAUACAGAGUCCUGGCGAGAUUUUCUUCGUCUUGGAUGCCCUGGAUGAGUGUGAGAAUUCGGGCCAACGUCAGUUAGCAGAAGCCUUACGCAAGCAGGAGUGGGCACGACCAGGGAAGUUUGUCUUGAAAAUCUUACUCACGAGUCGGCCCUACACUCAUAUUCAACGUGAGUUCGGCUCUUUCAGUAACCUCAUACCUACCAUUCACCUCAAGGGGGAGGGGGAGGCAGAGGUCGAAAAAAUUUCGAGAGAGAUCGAUGUUGUCAUUGAAAGCAAGGUCAAGGACCUUGGGUCCUGGCUCCAGCUCCAACGGGAAGAACAGCAAAUUCUGAAAGAUGAGCUCAGUAGGAUCCCGCACCGGACUUAUCUUUGGGUUCAUCUGAUACUUGAAACUAUCAAGGACAGCAUUGGCAUCACGAAAGAGUCUUUAAGUACAGCUGUCCGCAACCUUCCCAAGACAGUGGAGGCUGUUUAUGAGGGAAUACUACGCAAGUCUCACAAUCCUGAAAAGGCAAAGAGGAUUUUGCACAUUGUCGUGGCCGCUGUAAGACCAAUGUCUUUGACAGAGAUGGCCGUGGCUCUCGCGAUCGAAGAAAAUCAUGAGGGCUAUGAGGAUCUCGACCUCGAACCAGAAGUCCGCUUUGGCAGCACGGUUAGAGAAAUCUGCGGGCUCUUCGUGACCAUUAUAGACUCAAAGAUCUACCUGCUUCACCAGACGGCCAAGGAAUUCUUGGUGCAAAAUUUGCCCCGGGACUCGGAUGACAUGAUGAGAAACGAAACAGGCUCUCUUCAUUGGAAAUCCUCCCUUCGGACAACAGAGUCUCAUCACAUUCUCGCAGAAGUCUGCAUGUGGCGCCUCCUCUGGAAAGACGUUGCCUCCUGCAAUGUUGACAUGGCCGCAGACUCGCAGGAAGUUUUCGAUCAACACAUCCUGUAUGAUUAUGCUGCCCAAAAUUGGGUCACUCACUUCCGAGGUGCCCGGAUGGAUGAUGACCAUGUAAUGGUUUCCAGGGCAUCCGGACUUUGUCAUCAAGAUCCAGAGACUCCACUAUCUUGGUUCAAGAGAUAUUGGGGGAGUAAGCGUUUGAGCGAGCUAAUGGUUUACCCCAAAGGACUCGAUAGUCUGAUCAUUGCUUCUUUCUGUGGGCUUGACUGUGUGGUCAAGUUGCUUCUGGAAAUGGAUGACAUUAAUGUGAACUCAAAGGACGAUAGGUACAAAGGGACCCCAUUGAUGUGGGCAGCCGAGUACGGCCACGAGGGCGUGGUUAAACUUUUGAUUGCCAACAAUGAAAUCGACAUUGACUCGGAGAAUUCUCAGCGUCGGACGCCGUUGUCUUUCGCUGCCGAGCUCGGUCAUGAAAACGUCGUCAAGAUUCUCCUGGAGAGUGGCAAGGUGUCUGCGGACGGCAGGAGCAAUCACGGCAGAACGCCAUUCUCGUAUGCUGCCUCACGUGGGAACGUGCGGAUUGCCGAGCUAUUGCUAGAUACGGGUCAAGUCGAUCCAAAUUUCAGGGAUAGAAACAACCGCACCCCCAUUUUUUGGGCAGCAUGGUACGGUAGAAUUUCCGUUGUUAGAUUGCUACUCCAGAAAAGCAGUGUUGAUGUAGACUGUGCGGAUGACUACGGCAGAACACCGCUUUUGGCUGCGGCCCGGAAUGGACACGAGGACGUUGUUGAAUCACUUCUCCGCACAGGGAAAGUCGACGUGAAUGCUGCAGAUUCGAAAGGACGGACUCCGAUGUGGCAUGCUUCGCGUAGAAAGCAUGGCGCUAUUGUACAGUUGCUCCGACUCCCAGCGUUAGGGGAAAGUCUCCGAGCUCUGUGA